GUGUGUUUUUACAGGAAGAGGGAAGCUGAGAAUGAAAUUGAUAAGAGUAGAAAGAAGAAAAGGCCGGCUCUUUCCAACAAUGGAAAAUUAGGCAGCAAAAGUUGUGACGAGAAUGAACUUGUUGCAACUUCAAGUAAGAAUGAUCAUAAUCACGACUCAAGCACCGAUGCCAGCGUCUCUAAAAAGGAAGAAUCAUCUAGUUCUGAGGAUGAUGAUAGCAGCUCUAGUGCGGAGGAUGAUGAUGCUGCCGAAGAAUUGUCUAGCUCUGAUGAUGAUGCCGAAGAAUCUAGUUCAGAUGAUGAUAAACCGACCAAAGUGAAAAAGACUAGUUGUGAAGAAGAACCCCAUCAUUCUGAUUCUGAUGGACACAAGGAAAAGGCUGUUGUUCUAUCUAAAAUGAAGGUUGACAGUUGUGAUGAUCAACAAGAGAUUCGCCGCAGGGAGGAACCAUGGAACGAAAAUGAGACAGAGUUUCUCAUCACAAUCCUAUAUGUGGAAUUGGUGAUGCAUGAGAAAGACGUCAACCAACUAGACUGGGCAGGAAUUGUUCAAAAAUUAUAUCAUCAAACACGCAAACAAACUAGUGUAACCCAAGUGCAGGCAUUGUAUAAAAAAUUUAGAGAUCAAACAAACCAAUUCAUGGAUCUGUUAAAAGUUGUUGGUUAUGAAUGGAACCAAAAUAACAAUAAUGUUACUUGUAAGGAUGAGGUGUGGGAACAUAUUUAUUGGAUUCAUGGUGGUGACAAGUUGUUUAGAAAGAAAGGGCUUUCACAUUAUAAUCUGUUAAGUUACAUAUUUGACAGUGGUAAUAAACAUUUUGUGCAAGAAUCACAUAUACAUGUCCAGAGAAUAGCACAAACUACUUCAUUCACCUCAACAAGACUUUGGAGGUGGUUAUUUGGUUAAACACAUUUUGUCUAUUAUUAUUAU